ACAUCAGAAAAGAGCGAUCCCGUGGAGCUGCUGCUGACAGGUGAGGGCACUGGGAAUAAUGGUGGGCCUUGGGCUGUACCCACAGGGUGGUGUCCCACCUCUCUGCCCUCCCUGCACACAGAUCGCAGGUACCCCCCACCUGGCAUUUCUCUGAGCUUUGAGGGACACGUGAUGACAGCCAUCAAUAUCAGUAUCCACGUGGGGAGGGGGUCCAAUGUCACCAUUCAGUGCUGGAACUGGGAUUAUGGAUCCUCCUUCCUCCUGCACAAGGGUGGGCACUCAGCCCCUGUCCAGCGCCAGGACCCCAGUGGUGGAGGAAUGGCCACCUUCACCCUCUUUGGGGUGUCCCCAGCUGACACCGGCACCUACAGCUGCUCCUACCGCCCCUGGGGUCACCCCUUUGUGUCCUCACCCCUCGGGGACAGCGUGACACUUGAGGUGACAUCCCCACCUACACGUCCAGGUGCCAAUGGGGAAUCCCGUGGGAGCCUGGUUGUGGCAGUGGCAGGGGGCUGUGCCACUGCCCUCGCCUUCGGCCUCAUCCUCAUCACCUUCUUCCUCCUGCCUGCCCGCAGACGCCGGAUACAGAGAACUGCCAGCUCUGGUGAACCCCUCAAGAGUUCCAAGGCCAAGGAGCUCCAGGUAAGAGUCUGUGUGUGAUGACCUUAAAUUCCAAACUGCUCCCUAAGCUCUCCACCUCCUAGCAGACCAUAAGAGGAACCCAAAACCCAUGGUGAACCCAGAAGACCUCCAGUACUGUAUGGCUUGCCAUAACUUUAUCUGCACUCCCCAAACCCAACCCAUGCACAACCCAAAUCCACACUGUGGAGAGUCCCCGCAUCCUUCAUCUCAGCCCCCAUAUUCCCUGAGGACAUCCACACCCCAAGCUCAACACAAACUCCAUGAACAUCACAGAACAUGAACCCAAAACACCACUCAUCCGGACCCUUAGUGUCUGACCCAUGGGCACUGACAAUCUCUGCCAACUGUCAGAUCUCCAAACCCUAAAUGUCCACUGAAUACCCCAUGGGAAACCACAAACACCUACGUCAUACCCGUAGAAACUCCACAACUAAGCCUCUGCACACCCC